CGCCUCCCAGAGGUGGUGGGCGAGACUGUUCGAGGCGAGGAGAGGGAGGCUCGCGAGCAGAGGACUUCGGCUUCGCGCUCGGCUAGCUCCUCCCGGCCCGUGGCCACCCCUCCUGCAACUCCGCAUGAUGGUCCAACCCGUGGCGCGGGGGCGGGCCCAGCCUUGGAGAGCUGGCCUUUGAGUAGAAGGCGGGAAAAUGGCGGAUUCUUCGGGGCGCGGCGCCGGGAAGGCUUCCGCCGCUGCUCCCAACCCCACUAGCGGUGCCAAGCCAAGAGGAAAAAGAGCACAGGGUGGAAGAGUGGUCGAGUCUCGAUAUUUGCAGUAUGAGAAAAAAACAAGUAAAAAGGCUCCUGCAGCAGAUGCAUUGAAAGCCAGCGGGAAGGUGCCUGAAGGUGGAAGGAAAGCCACCCUGCUCCAGAAGAGCAAAGAUGGCAGCGGAACCGUGAAGGGAGACCUGCAGUCCACGCUGCUGGAAGGGCAUGGCACGGCCCCGCCUGACCUGGAUCUCUCCGCCAUUAAUGACAGGAGCAUGGUCAGGAGGACUCCACAGCUGGAAAAGACCAUGGCAAAGAAAACCGAGUCGACGUCAUUUAUUGCCCCGCGGAAAAAGAACCCGGAGCCAACAGAAGUGAUGGAGAUGAUGGAAUCCCAGACGUUACUGCUGAGCCUGCUGACGCUGAAGAUGGAGAACAGUCUUGCUGAGUUUGAGGAGGAGGCGGAGAGGAACUUGGAACUCGUGUGCAGGGAGGCGGCGGCCCUGCAGGAGCAGGCCCACGGGCUGCGGCGCAGGCUCUUCCUCUGCCAGAGGACCCGGGAGCUGGCCGAGACCCUCGACGCCCAGAUGGAGCUGCUCGGCCCCUUCGAGGCGGUGUGUGAGCGCUUUAAGGAGCAGUACAGGACGUUCGCCACAGCCCUGGACACCACGAGGCACGAGCUGCCCCUGAAGUCCAUCCACCUGGAGGGAGACGGGCACCAGCUCUUGGCUCCGUCCCCUCCAGAUGCUCUGCAGCGUGACCUGGAGACCACCCACCAUCUCCUGGGGGAACUCGGCGUCGGCAGUGCCGAGGAGAACGAGCAGGUACUGGCCCUGCUGCACGAGCUCAGGGACGCCACCUCGAGCAAAGACCUGGAGCUGCGGAGGAUCUUCUCCCAGGUGCUGGAACUUUCUGCUGAGGCGAGUAAAGAGGCAGCAUUGAUAAACCAGGAGGUCUGGGAAGAGGCCCAAGGCCUGGGGACCCCCAGCCAGUGGUACUUCAAUGCAGAUGGCACCUUCGGGAACCCUCGGGGAGAGCCGAGAAGCACGGUUCUCUCCGGGGACAACACGCCACAUGCCCAGGGAAUCCCACGCAGGCCUGUCCCCUAACCCAAGCCAAGCCCUUCCUUCCGGGAGUUGGGAGGAAGACCCACUUGUGCCUGUCUCUCGGGGUGGGGUUCACAGUGACUCGUGGCGUCCGACACUUGAGCACUUUACAGGCCCUGUCAGCGGCUCUGCUGUCUUGGUGUUUGUGAUGACCUUGUUUGAUG